GCAUGCUGCCUGAGUGGAACGCUAUUGUAUAACAUGAUUGUGCAUAUUCCGAGACAGCAGUGCUGCUUAAACACGGAGCGAUGCACAGUGCGUAUGCGUCACAACUGGAUAUUAUUAACAGCGGAGUACAGCAAGGUAGUGGUGCACGGAGUCCGAAAUAAAUAUUAAAAUCACCAGGAAGAAACUAAACGAGAAGAGGAACAGGACACGCCAAGGGAAUGGAAUUCCCUGUGGAUUUACUGACAACCUUGAGUCAUGAAGACCUGGAGCACUCAGCUGAGGACUACAUGUCUGACCUGCUGUACAGCAACCCCAACGACCCACAGUACUUCACUCUGCCCAGCCGAAGAAAGAUUCCCCUGAGUCUUUCCUCUGUUGGCUAUGUGCCUCUGUACGGAGCCGAUCUGAAGCACAAAGUCUUGGCUCUCUUUGCACCAGAGGACCAAUUCACAGCUGCUGCCCUGUAUUUGGCUGAGCAGUGGUGGGCUGUAGAAGAUAUCCUAAAAACCUCAGUCCCCUCUCGAAAGGGACUGGUGAAGGUGAGAUCACUGGGGGAGAGGAUAGUUCUGUAUGUCCUCAAUCGCAUUGUUUACAGAGCCCGGGAAAUGACCACCAGCCAGGUUCCGUUUCUUUGUCACAGUCAAACCGAUUUUGCUAAAAUUCUCUGGAAAGACGGAGAGGCUGUUGGAUUUUAUUCGGUCAAACCUGAAGGAAGCCUGUGCAGCAGCUUCCUCACCCUGUGCUACCAGCUCCCAGUCCUGGACUCCAUAUUCCUGAGGAAGCAGCACCGUGGCAAGGGACAUGGCGUACAGAUUCUGGAAGAUUUCGUCAACUGCUUUACAGAGGACACUCUGGGCUUGAGAUACCCACUCUCGCCUGCCAUGUACAAAGUGUGUGCGCAGUACCUGGACAAGUACCCAGGAGACCAGGACCUGCUCUGGGAAGUUGAAGGAAUCGGAGUCUUGUUCCAGAGAGUCCGCUUAUCCAGCAGAAUCCAAGCCCUUGCUCUGAAAGAAACACACCAAGCUGUGAGAGAAGAGUCUUUGCCUCAGGCUGUAUCUGAGAGUGAACCCGUCGAAUCUGAAGAGCUCAUGGAAACAGAAGCACAGCAGAACUCUGACGAGGCAGAGGUAGAACCAGCAAAGGAUGAAGAACAGAUGAACAAUACAGAGAUUGUUUUAGAACAUUCUGCAAACACGCCUGUGUCAACGCGCACCAGGAGCAGUCACUCCAGGAGGAAGAGAUUAAGAGAAGAAGAGGAGGAGGAGGCUGUAUACUGCAGUGGAGGACUUGCUCAUAGAGGGUUUCUGUCUUGUUUUUUUACUACUUCAAGUCCUGAACCCGUGGAAGCUGCAGCAGAAACCCCCGUGGAGGAGGAACCAGACGAGGAAGCUGAGGAACCACAAACACACCAACCUGAGGCAGAACCUGAGGAGACACUGGAGGAAGCAAAGGGAGAGGAGGAGGAGCAGGAGGAGCUGGAAGCCGAGCUGUUAAAAAAGCCUGACGUGGAGCCCGUCAACGGGGAAGUGACUGAUGAGCUGACCCAGAUAUCUUCAGGGGCUGAGGAGGCGGUGGACAAAGAGCAUUCGGACACGGCGUUGAUCGUCCAGUCUGACAGCGUGGAGCAGGAGGCAGGCGUCACAGAGGCUGCAGAUGAGCCAGCGCAGGACGACACACGAGACGAGGGGGAAGUGGAUGAAGUGGAUGUAGAAUCUCCUGAGGAGACACACGAGCAGGAAGCUGCCUCCCCAGAGGGAGACACAGAGAACGGGGGGCCUGUGGGGGACAAAGAGGCUGCCCCGGAAUCUCCUGACGACACCACAGCAGAGCCCUGCGAGGAAACUGUGCAUGACAGAGCUGUGAACUCAGAGCAACCAGAAGAGACAACUGAGGAAGCUACUGAAACUGCCGGAAUAGUUGAAACUGAGGUGGCUGAGGAGAAACCAGAGGAAAGUUACAAUGACAACGAAGCCGAACAGGAACUUCAGACCCCAAUGGACCUGAGUCAGGAUACGCUGCUGCUGGUGGAACUCAAAGACGUGUCUUUCCAGCCACAGAUGGAGGAACAGAAGGACCAAGUGAAAGAGCCAGACGAGGAGCCGGAGGAACAACCAGAGCAGGAUUCGACACCGGCUGCCAAGGAAAAGGCUGUCGAGAGCAACUCGGACGAGGCAGAGAGCGAGCCUCCCGUUGUGGACAGGAGAGUUCUGAGGAGGAAGGCUAAAGCGAGCAGGGGCCCAACUAAGAAACGCAGCAAGACUUCCACUUAAAAAAAUAAAACACAUUGACGGAGCAUCAGCAAAUCAGCGAAUGAUAUUUUCAAAUGAGGUGUAAUUGGCAUUGGGUACAGGAUUUUACUGGAUUUUUUUUUUCAUUUAUAUAACACUGCAAAACUGAACACUUUUUUAAACACUUUGAUUUUUUUAAGUAAAAAAAAAAAAAAUCCCUUUCCCAAAUGUAACCAAGGAAUUUUAUAUUCACUUAAGUGCAGCAUUGUAAUUCGUAAAAAUUAGUCUAUUUGAAUGCUAGAAUUGGUUGUUGUCUUCAUCCAGAGUAUAAGUAGGUAUACAUCCUUUGUUUGGUUAGUUUAGACUUUGUUUGUUCAGUUUAGACUUCCGUAUUCAUUUGGUAUUUAUUGUCAAAGCACAAAAACUGUCCGCUUCACUAGCCUUGUCGUUCUUCCAUGCGUGACCAAUAUUGUCUUGUUAGUUGAGAAGACAUUCGUAAUGCAUUUUUUAUUUGACAUUGUUUAAGGGUAGGCAUUGAUUUUGCUGUAGUUUGUUUAGCAAGGGAAAGUUGUUUUAAGAAAUGUCAGCCAUGUAAUGGUUCUUCUUUUGGUAGAACCAUUUGGUUUGGGAUUUCUCAGCUUUUAAUAAUAUUCUGAGGGUAAGAACUAUGAAUAUGUCAGACUCGUUAGUGUAUAAAAAGCUCAAAGAAUGGACGAAUCUCGAAUGGUCUUGUGACGUUGGAUUCAUUUUAUAUGGAUUCAUUGUUCUUAGGUGUUCAUAAAAGGCAACUAACAAUGUAAGAAAUGUGUUAUUUCUGGCAAGCAGGAUACAUGCUGUCUUGUUUACCAUCUUGUACACGGUACAGUGAGUUUCUAAUCAGGGUGCAAAGAGCUAUCUGUUCUAACACCCCCACAGCUGCAAUGUGUGUUCACCCAUAGGCAGGGGCAUUCCAUAAUGGGUGGGCUUGUGCUGUGCUGGUGAAGAUACAGCUGGGGAUAAGUCUAGCACUGGGCAGUGUCCGGUUUGUGGGAGUAGAAAUGAGGAAAUCAAAAUCAGCAGCAAGGCUUUAUUUUGAUUAAGACUGGAACUGAAUACUACGUCAAUAUUUUUACCUAGCGUUGCUUGCCUUUUCCCAUUCGUCAUGACCAACCUUCAUGAAUACAUGAAAAGCAUUAGCAUAUCAGUAUGUACUGUUGUCCAACUGCACAAAUUCUUUAUGUAUACUGUGGUUUAUUUUUGUGUGUGUGUGUGUGUCAAAAUAAGAAACCCUAGAAGAAUUGAAUAGGCAGAGCACUGUUCUGUUCUGUUCUUGGUCAGGACAUGGUCAUUUUGACACAUUCUUGUUGUGCCGCUUGUGUGUUUUUAGGUUUUAAAUCCAUGUCUGAUUGUAUCCAUUUAAAUGAGGGGUUUUCAUCUGAACAUUUUCUUUGAAUUGACCCAUUAGGAUCUGAAUGAUUGAUUAGUCAUAUAUCAUAGAAUUUGUAUCGAAUAUGGAAUUGUAUUUAAGGUCUACCCAAAACACAAAUCUAAAAUGCCAGAGAAAAGGCAGCAGUUCAGUAAAUACAUUUAUAUUGUAUAACAUUUAAAUUUAACUCAAAUUCAGUCAUUCGAUUUAUCAAAAAACCACCACAUUAAACUUAAUUGUAUGUUAGAAUAACCAACUUUUUUUUUUAGCUGUUGUAAGAAUACGUAAUAUUGGUUCUUUUUAUAAAUACUAAGAUUAACCUGGUGAUCGAAAAUUGUUUUGAUGUUUACUUGAAUUAGAACCCAGGUGUGUACAGGUGAUGUCGUAGUACAGUCAGCGCUGCUUUACUAAGAGAAGGAAAAAUAUCCUGAAUAAACGGCUGUCAUUUCAUCAUUUGAAAAUACUGUAUCCCAGUUAAACAAAGUGACGACAUAAAUAGCACUGGGAAGAACCGUCACCCAGAGUUGUAUCGCGUUUAAGCAGAAAUCCUGAUUAGAUGGCGCCGACUGUAUGUGUAAAUUCCGCUCAAAUUUGUGAUUACCUCACUGUGACACAAUUGUCAGUCUUGUAAAAGUAUACCAAUAUAUUCCUACCUGGGGUGGGCAAGUUGGCAUAUUACUGGUGAUGUUACACAAACAAGCCUACAACUAUGUCGGACCCUGUUCUAUAUGCACUUCCUUUCAGAUACAGGUUUGUUACACAGAACAGGUCACUUCUACUUGAUGCAAUCGGCACAUCUUGAAAAAACACAAAAGGGAAAACCCCACACAGCACUGAAUUAUUUCGGACAAGCUAUACAACAAAAAAAGGUUUUCCCUAGAAGAUCAAUGAAAAGGAAAGUUCAAUAAAAUUGUCUUGCCUUCUUUCUAUACAGUGAAUAAAAUUUGUUCAGAGAAAUAAAUAGAUUUUUUCACUGCCAACCUUUCUCUUGGGUCCAUUGGUUUAGAUUCCUCAAACAAACUUUAUUCACAGCAUUGAAAAGAGAAAUAUGAAGGGCUCCACCACCAUAAUAAAUACCCACGCACUACACAUUAAAAUGAUUCUACUACAGUUAAAUUUGAAAUUAAGGCAUUCAGAGGAAAUGUGAUUUCUAUAGGUCAAGAACACAAUCAGAUUGCAGCCACCGUGCCCAUCCUUAAUGUUCAUAUUGCUAUUGGGUUCAAAUGCAGUCUAUGUUGCAAGACAUUUUAAACAGUCACAGUUCUACUCUGGUUUUAUACCCAAAAUAUUCUAAAGUUUAUUAGCAUUACGUUUUUGGUAUAAAUGGAACUGUUGCCUUGGCAAUAAUGUGCGUUAUUUGAAUAGUGUUUGAUGAUCAUUUUUGAACACUAAUUUGAAACAUUGUACUCUGGUAGGGAUUAAACUUUAUUUUUUUCUUGGUGAUGA